GUUUCGACAAAAACAAACGCGCGGUUCUGGAGGCUGACGAAGAAGAAGAGCAAGAAGAAGACCUACCUGCGGUGCAAAAUGGCUUUGAGAGCUGCUUUCAGAGGCAGGGCUGGCUUACCAGGUCUUCUCUCCUGCAGCGGUCAUGGCAGACCCUCUCCCAGCCUCACCACUCAAAGGAAUAACUCCAGCUCACCCAAGAUCAAGGUGGAUUACGACCAGACUACAGGGGUGGCAGUGAUGCACAUGCAGAGUCCUCCGGUCAACAGCCUCAGUUUAGAUUUCCUCACAGAGCUCUGCAUUGGUGUGGAGAAGCUGGAGAUGGAUAAGGGCUGCCGGGGCCUCAUCAUCACCUCGAGCCAGCCCAAGGUGUUCUCUGCCGGCCUGGAUAUCUUGGAGAUGUACGGCAAGAGCCCGGAGCGCUGCGGGGAGUUCUGGAAGGCCGUGCAGGAGAUGUGGCUGAAACUUUACGGCUCCAACAUGACCACGAUCGCGGCGAUCAACGGCUCCAGUCCUGCUGGAGGCUGUCUGAUGUCUUUGACGUGUGACUACAGGAUCAUGGCGGACAACCCUCGUUAUAGCAUCGGCCUGAAUGAGACCCAGCUCGGCAUAGUAGCACCUUUUUGGUUUAAAGACACUAUGGUCAACACCGUGGGCCACCGGAACACAGAGUUGGCGCUGCAGCUGGGUCUGCUCUACAAGCCUGCAGAGGCCCUGAAAAUAGGACUGGUGGACCAGCUGGUGCCUGAGGAUCAGGUCCUCGCUGUUGCCGCCCAGACCAUGACCAAGUGGUUGACUAUUCCAGAACACGCCAGACAGAUCACCAAGUCCAUGAUGAGGAAACCAACGCUUGACAAACUACGGUCCAACAGAGAGGCUGACAUCCAAAACUUUGUCAGCUUCAUCACCAAGGACUCCAUCCAGAAGUCGCUGCGCAUGUACAUGGAGAUGCUGAAGCAGAAGAAGGCCUAGAGUUAAAGAGGACACUAUCUCUCUCUCUCUCACACAUACACACACACGCACCAAAGGAACUAAACCCAGAACUUCUGCAGCUCAUUUUGUGUGUUCACUGGUAUUAAAUGCAACAGAGGUUUGAAGGAUUCAGGUCUGGUAAAAUACACCAUCAUGUAGUUUAACGCCAGUUUUGUAUCUUCAUCUAAGAACUAAUAUUAAGAGGCUAAAGUGGAGUUGAAAUACGUAAAUACUGUCUGAGUGAACAAUAAUAGGCCAGCCUGCCAACUUUCUGAUGCCUGAACGUGGCUGGUUCCUGUCAGACAUGCCGUUGACCCAUAAGUGCCUGUCUUUACUGUAACUACUAGAGCCUUAAUAGCCCCGUACCCAUUUGUGCAUGGAAGAGUUAGUUGAUUCAAAAUUGUCUUCAUCUCCUAAACUUUUUUUUUUUUUUUUGCACACUUUCUGUCCAUUUCAUACUGUGAAAUUUAACAAUAAAGCAUUAGGUAUGUAUGGUGGGAA